CAGCUCCAGGAGAGCCGAGAUUGUCCGUAACCGCGUUCCGUCGUUACCGGUUAUUGUAGGUCAGUCGUUUCUGGCGUCAGCUUGAAAUGUGAAUCCAGAAAUGUCAUGAAGGGAAUCUGAAGAAAGCAACCAUCCUUCAUAUCCGCGGAAUCGCUUGGUCUCGAUGGCAUGAAUCACUUCAGUGUGUUAAAGCGCUGUGAGCAGAGGUUUUGUUCAGACAGAAGUUGAUCCGUCUGGUUUGCCCUACAGAGGCCUGCGCUUUUACACAUAACCGCGGGAUCAAUGAUCCACCACAAAGUACUGGCUCGGUUUUUAUUUUGAUCACAUUAGAGUUGCAACAAUGAGAAAGGACGUGAGGAUAUUACUUGUCGGAGAACCCAAAGUGGGGAAGACCUCCCUGAUCAUGUCACUCGUCAGUGAGGAGUUCCCUGAUGAGGUUCCCCUCAGAGCUGAAGAGAUCACUAUUCCAGCUGAUGUCACACCUGAAAGAGUGCCCACUCAUAUAGUGGACUAUUCAGAAGCAGAACAGUCCGAUGAGCAGCUUUACCAAGAAAUAUCAAAGGCCAAUGUUAUAUGCAUUGUAUAUUCAGUAAACAACAAGAAAUCAAUUGAAAAGGUGACGAGUCAUUGGAUUCCCCUCAUCAGUGAAAGAACAGAUAAGGACAGCAGAGUGCCAUUGAUCCUGGUGGGGAAUAAAUCUGACCUGGUGGAGCACAGCAGCAUGGAGACCAUCCUGCCCAUCAUGAACCAGUACUCUGAGAUUGAGACUUGUGUGGAGUGUUCAGCCAAAAACCUGAAGAAUAUCUCUGAGUUGUUCUACUACGCCCAGAAGGCUGUUCUACACCCGACAGGACCGCUGUACUCUCCAGAAGAGAAAGAGAUGAAGCCUUCUUGCAUCAAAGCACUUACUCGCAUUUUUACAAUAUCAGACCUGGACAACGAUGGCAUUCUAAACGAUAAUGAGCUUAAUUUCUUCCAGAGAACUUGUUUUAACAUACCCCUGGCACCUCAAGCCCUGGAGGACGUGAAGAAUGUUGUGCGGAAAAAUAUGUCGGAUGGGGUAAAAGACAGUGGCCUCACACUGAAGGGUUUCCUGUUCCUUCAUACACUUUUUAUUCAGAGAGGAAGGCAUGAGACCACAUGGACUGUUCUCAGGAGGUUUGGUUAUGAUGACGACCUGGAGCUGACCCAGGAAUACCUGUUUCCACUGUUCAAAAUACAUCCAGACUGCACUACAGAGCUGAACCACAAUGCCUACCUCUUCCUCCAGAGCGUCUUUGACAAGUAUGACAAAGAUCGAGACUGUGCUCUGUCUCCAGAUGAGCUGAAGGAUUUGUUCAAGGUCUUUCCCUACAUGCCCUGGGGUCCUGAUGUCAACAACACGGUCUGCACCAAUGAGCAGGGCUGGAUCACUUACCAAGGCUACCUUUCCCAGUGGACGCUAACAACGUACCUAGAUGUACAGCGAUGUUUAGAGUACCUGGGUUAUCUUGGUUACUCUAUUAUACAAGAACAGGAGUCACAGGCAGUCGCUAUCACAGUCACAAGGAAUAAGCGCAUCGACCUGCAGAAGAAACAGACCCAGCGUGGUGUUUUCCGCUGUAAUGUCCUAGGGGCGCGAGACAGCGGUAAAAGUGGCUUUCUGCAGGCUUUCCUAGGCAGGAACCUUGCGCGUCAGAAGAGGAUAAGAGAAGACCGCAAGUCUUACUAUGCCAUCAGCACCACUUAUGUUUAUGGACAAGAGAAAUAUCUGCUUCUGCACGAGGUGCUGCCGGACUUUGAGUUCCUUUCUGAGGCUGAUCUGGCUUGUGAUGUUGUUUGCUUGGUGUAUGACAUCAGUAACCCACGGUCUUUUGAAUACUGCGCUAAAGUCUACAAGAAACACUUCUUGGACAGCAAGACUCCCUGUGUGAUUAUUGCUGCCAAGUCCGACCUGCAUGAAGCCCGUCAGUACUACAGUCUGUCCCCGCUGGAUUUCUGUCGGAAACACAAGCUUCACCCUCCACAGCUGUUCACCUGCAACACAGACGAAGCACCCAGCAAAGACAUCUAUACCAAACUCACCACUAUGGCCAUGUAUCCACACAUGACCCAAGCUGACCUGAAAAGCUCUACGUUUUGGCUGAGGGCGAGUGUCGGUGCCACAGUGUUUGCUGUUCUUGGCUUCGCCAUGUACAAAGCUCUCCUCAAGCAGCGGUGAUCAGUGCAUCCGGC